AUGCAGCAGUUCACUGGCACGACUUUGUCCAGCAACGGUUUCCAAGUUUUACCCGAGACAGAAAACUACAUAGCACGCUUUAGCGAGAAAGCCGUCACCGUCAACCCGAUAGAACUUCAAACCGAGGUUGGUUGUUUCCCGCGCGAAGCGAUGAUCGCCACUGCGGACGGCUUCAAACGCAUGGACGAGUUACGAAUAGGUGACACGGUAGCGGACGUAGACGCAACUGGACGAGUGACGCAGACGAAGGUCUACGCGUGGCUACGGCUGGACCGGGUUCAGCACGAGUUCGUUCACAUCAGAACCGAAUCCGGUCGAUCAUUACGCCUCACGCCAAAUCACCUGAUAUUCCGUCAACUGCGAGGAUCAACAGCAACCUCGCACGGCUGCAUGGGCGCCUCGGCAACAGAACACGAGGCGGUUCUAGCCUCGGAACUCAAUGUGGGCGAUACGGUUUUCAGCGCUACUGCCGAACCGUUUUCCUCCUACGAAUGCGACAAUGUAACGUCGGUCAAGAACGUGCAAGCCUUCGGCGCAUACGCACCUGCGACGAUGUCCGGAACGCUACUGGUGGACGGUGUUCAUGUUUCGUGCUACACAUCUUACUGGCUGAAGGACACGAUCGGCCACUACUUUAUACACCGAGUGAUAAUGGCCCCACUGAGGGCGUUGGCGCAUGCCCUCUCCUUCGCUGACCGACUGCUGGACGAUGACCACAACACCAUGCAAGAGCGCUUCCUGAAACCCGACGAGCGCGCCUUGUGGUUCGUCGACAUGUGGAAGGUGUUUCGAAGCAAAGUGUAA